ACCUCCUCUGCUUCCCUGCCUACCUCUGAAAUCCGCAACACCUCCCUCCACCACCACCACCACCCUCUUCGGCUGAAAAAUGGGUGGUUUUUGCUUCAAAAACCUCACAUUCAUGAUCGUAAUCGUGCUCAUUGUGUGGUGUUCCCAUAUUGAGACUUGCAAUGCGAGAAGAGUAGGCAGGCAUUGGAGGCAGAGCCGCGGCGGCGCUGCUUCCCUCUUCAAGAAGAAAGGGAAAAAAUAUGGUUCCAAUCAUCACAAUAGCAAUGCCGGAAAGCCGAAACAGAAAACCCCAUCUCCAAAAGCGCCAGCACCAGUGCCGCCACCGGCCGCCGGACCUAAACAAAGCCCUCCACCGCCAAAGAAAGGUGAUGGUAAAGCAGCUUAUCCAACAGUGUUGAGUGUGCUGGAUUUUGGAGCCAAAGGUGAUGGAAGCACCGAUGACACUAAGGCGUUCCAAGCUGCUUGGGCUGCUGCUUGUAAGGUUGAAGCGUCGGUCAUUGAUGUCCCAGCAAAACAUGUAUUCCUCGUCGGACCCAUUUCCUUUUCUGGUCCCUACUGUCAACAUGACAUUGUUUUCCAGUUAGAUGGCAAAAUUGUUGCCCCGACAGGCUCGAGUCACUGGGGUUCAGGCCUGCUGCAAUGGCUUGAGUUCACGAAACUAGUGGGCUUAACAAUCAAGGGAAGCGGCACGAUCGACGGAAACGGAGCUGUUUGGUGGCAAAGUGCUCCAUACGAUGAUGAUCCGUUGGAUGAUCAAGCAAAGCUGAUUUUCCCGUCAAAUGGCACGUUUGGACAAAAGCCUCCAAUUCCUGUAAGAAGCUCACUUGGUGGGAAAAUGCCAAGCAUAAAACCAACUGCACUUAGAUUCUACGGAAGUUUCAACGUUACAGUAACCGGGAUUACGAUCCAAAACAGCCCUCAGUGCCAUCUGAAGUUUGACAAUUGCGUCGGAGUCUCAGUAUACAAUUUCAGCGUCUCAUCGCCCGGUGACAGCCCGAAUACAGAUGGGAUUCACCUUCAGAACUCCAAAGAUGUGCUUAUACGCAGUUCCAAUCUUGCCUGUGGGGAUGACUGUGUAUCAAUACAAACAGGAUGUACAAACGUGUAUAUACACAAUGUUAACUGCGGCCCAGGACAUGGAAUAAGCAUUGGAGGACUAGGAAAAGAUAACACCAAGGCUUGUGUGUCAAAUAUCACAGUCCGAGACAUUGUUAUGCAUAAUACGAUGAAUGGAGUCAGAAUCAAAACAUGGCAGGGAGGGUCAGGGUCCGUGCAGGGAGUUCAAUUCUCAAACAUUCAAGUGUCUGAGGUGCAACUGCCAAUCGUUAUCGAUCAAUACUACUGCGACAAAACCAAAUGCAAGAAUCAGACAUCUGCAGUGGCUCUAUCAGGGAUCAACUACGAAAACAUAAGGGGAACGUACACUAUUAAGCCCGUCCACUUUGCGUGCAGCGAUAGCCUGCCGUGCACAGAUGUGACUCUUACAAACAUACAACUUAAACCUCAACAAGAACAGUAUCACAUGUACGACCCCUUUUGUUGGCAGACGUUUGGGAAACUGUAUUCUCCCAUGAUUCCUCCCGUCGGGUGUUUAAUUGUCGGAAAGCCAUCGAGCAACAAAAUUCAGGGCGAUAGUGAUUUUUGUUGAGUGUACUGGUGAGGACAUUGACGGAAUGAUGAUUCUUGGUAUGUAUAGUGAUUGAAGUAGUAUAUUGUGGCGUAUUCUUUUUGUGUGGUCGGCAUGGUUUGGCUGGCCCCUUUUAGCACCAUAGUUAGUGAAGAGUGAGGAGAUUAGUGAAUAUUUUUAGCAGUACUAGAUAAUAUAUACCAAGUGUUUGCUUAAUAAGAUUACAUGCGGAGGUUUGGUAGUGCCGGAGUAUGUAUAAAGUGUUCCAUGAAUAAGGAUAUUCCUGUCCGGAUUUUCUA